UCAUGAAUAUUGUGGCUAUAUAUAAAUGUGGCGAUGUCGGGAUUUUUAUUGAGGGGUGUGGUAAAAUACUGUAAUUAAAUUAAUCUGUUUUUGCUCUAAUUUCAGUCAAAGUUUGUGACUAAAAAAUUUAAAGAAUAGUUUCCCCAUAAAAAUACGUAAACACUAGCAAUAGAUUUAUCAUUUCUUUAGGGAUUAACUGUUUUGUUCUCACUACUAGUACUAGUAUUACCAUAAAAGUAUAAUUUAAAUAUAAUUUGUAAAUUAUAAAAAAAAACGACUAUCAGUAUCAUUAUCAUGGCUAGACCGUUGUUAUUUGGAAACAGUGGAACCAGCCAGGGACAAAGCAAAUAUCUAGUAGAGUUUAAGGCUGGAAAAAUGACAUUGAAAGGUAAUAUGGUACAUCCGGACAAGAGAAAAGGCCUAGUGUACGUGUACCAGGCAGACGAUUCCCUGAUGCAUUUUUGCUGGAAAGAUCGAAGUUCUGGAAUAAUUCACGAUGAUCUAAUAAUUUUCCCAGAUGAUGUGGAGUUUAAGAAAGUGCAACAGUGUAAUACAGGAAGGGUGUUUGUUUUGAAAUUUAAGUCAUCUAGCCGAAAAUAUUUUUACUGGAUGCAGGAACCAAAGACUGAUAAAGAUGAUGAAUAUUGUGACAAAGUCAAUGAGUAUCUCAACCACCCCCCUGCCCCUGGUACCUCACGCUCAGGUUUGAGUGGCUCAAGUUCUUUUCAAGGACUCCACUCCGAAUUGAGUAAUCUUGGAGAUGGAGACCUACAUAAUCUUCUAAAUAAUAUAAGUCAGCAACAGCUUCUGCAACUUCUUGGAGGUGUAGGUGGAGUUUCUGGAGUGGCCAAUUUAAGUAGCCUUUUAGGAGUGAACCGUCUGUCGGGUAGUCAGUCUACCACAACCACACUUCCAGCAUCUUCUCAUUCAACUCGAACUCCUGCCACAGAAAAUACCACUGCUUCAACACCAACACGCACCACUCCUGCUGCCACCACCACUGCCAAUAGCAGCAUUACUUCCAGUGCUGAAACUCAGCAACAAGCAUCUCAGAUUCAGAUUCAGGAUGUACAAAGUAUUUUGUCUGGUCUCAGUGUACCAGCAUCUGAGGAUGGUGGCUUAUCUAAGUCUGCAGAUUCAUCUUCUGCUUUGACUGCUGAAACCCUGCAGCCAUUAUUGUCCAACAAAGAGUUUAUGGACAGAGCGUGUGAACUUCUCCCAACUCCAGGUGACUCUGGGUCUUCUUCUCUUAGAGAUAAUUUGAAGAUGACAGCUCAGUCUCCCCAAUUUCAGCAGGCACUUGGAAUAUUUAGUGCUGCUCUGCAGUCUGGACAACUGUGCCCUCUGAUGGAACAGUUUGACAUGAACUCGGAUGUCAUCGAUGCAGCCAAAUCGGGAGAUAUGGAAGUCUUUGUUCGGCUAUUGCAAAAUGUUCACGGUAAGGGGGCUUCUGGAGCUGAAGAAACCUCAAAUGGAACAGUGAAAGGAGAUAAAGACAAGGAAAAAGAUUCUGAUGAAGAAAUGGGUUUAGAUUAAAAUAAACUGUUAAUCAAGUAGAUCUUUAGUAAUAUGAAAUUAUGCUUAAUAUCCAAACGUUUUUCAAUAGUUUUUUUUUUUUUUCACUCAUGUACUGAGAGUUGUUAAUUAGUGUUACUCUAAACGUAUAUGCAUCAUACUUCGGUGUUUUGAUAGUAUGCACUCUAACUUCUCCAGGGACAAAAGUUUCUUCAAAAUGCAAAUAGUACAAUUAACCUAAUACACAAAAUGAUGCAAACACAAAAGAUGUUCCAGCCAGACAAUUUGUUUGUGGUGUUAUUUCAAUUUUCAAAAAUCAUAUUUUCUGGGUGUAGUAAAUAAUCUACUUUAUAACAAGCCUGUAUCUUGCAAAUGUUUGUUAUAAAAUGUUCAUUAAUGUUGAUAUUAUCAGUACAAGACAAGAAAAUUUAAAACCAAAUGUCUUUUAUUAAUGUUGUUAGUCAGUGUCAAUAACAUGAAUUUACCAGACACAGUAGGAGGACACUUCUGAAAAAGAUAUAAAAUACAAUUUAUUCAGAAAUUUAUAGCCACUUAAUCACACAUAAUGUGUGGAACAGUUAUAAUUCAACAUAUCAGCACUUUUGCUUAGCUUAAAUCCCCUAAGUGUUAAACCUUAUUAUGCCACAUUUUAACAUUAAAUUGAAAAGCUCUUAAUGUAAAAGAAGGGUCUGUUACCUUUUAGUGCAAGUUCUGUUGUUGUUCUUUAGCUUUAUUAAUGAAAAGAUUGUAUGUUUACUGUGAUCCUUCAAUAAACAGUUCUUCCUAUGUA